AAGACUAGGCGCAAAGCCUGUUGCCAAUUAGGAGCAGUGAGCGCCACAUGUGGGAUAGACGGAGCCAUCUCUAGAAGGAGCAAAAGGAGGCGGGAACCGCGGUGUGCGCAAUGGAGACAACCUAAAUAUCUGUGCAACCGUUUGUUCAAGAUCAACCUGCAUUUACUUGUAAUUACUGGAUUUUUUUAGACAUGAUAAAACAAGAUCUACAGGACUGAAGGAUUGGGUCACCAUUCGCCCGUGGCCUGGGUUCGUUUGUACCUUUCAGCAUCACAACAUGGCAGGUAUCUCUGGCAUAUUUUUACUCUGCGUAGCCUCUCUGUUCGGUGGGGCCAAAGGCGCGCCUGAUGUGUGCCGCGGGACGCGCUGCUUCUCUGGACAGGAAUGGAGACCGUGCGUCGGAGCGCAGUGCCACGGGCGCACGGAGGCAGCCGCGUCCCGGCGACAGUUUCCCAGCUCUGCACAAUCCAGACAAGGACAAGUCUACCCGAGUUACCAACACGACGCUCAUUUCAGUCACCACCAAGCUCAAAGCGCGCCGCUGGCGCCGUACACCGUCAUCCAACCGCAGCAGGGAGGCUAUGUGCAAACCGCGGGAACUAACGCCAACAGGAGGACGAAUGCGAGAACCAUCACGGCGGAGGUGUUCCACCCUGGCUGCGCCGGGGGGACCUGCCCGACCACCGUGGCUCAACGCCCGACAAGUGAUGACGGCGCAACGCGCGAGUGCAAAGGGAUCGGAUGUAAGCUGCCUCCUCGGAUGCGCCAGAAGCCGAAGCCGUGCGUCGGAGACGGUUGCGGCGCGCAUGCAGGAGACGACGGGAGGGGACCCUCUUCACCUGUGCACGUGACCGACACAGCGGCGCAAUUUCUGGAUGAGUUUCCAGACUUGGCGUCGGAACGUGGCGCCUGGAUACAGUUGACAUGUGACAUGAAACCAGGGACGAAUGACCUCCCUUCGGAGGACGCGCUUGUGCUGCAGCUGCAGUUGUCUAAGAGCCAGGAGAAGCUGGUUGAGGCCCUCAGGGGCCAGCAGGACGAGGUCCAGGAGCUGCAGAGGCUCCUCGGUGAGCAGCAGGGGACGCUGGUGAGCCAGCAGAGAGAGAUACUGGAACAACAGAGGAAGAUGUAUGACCAGAUGGAGCAAGUCAAAGCCCAGUACAUCACAAUGAUGGACAGCCUCAAACAAACAUCACUCCAGAACCUCCAGGGGGGGCUAGACCGUCACAUGGAGACCGCGAGUGGGCAGGUUAGAGCUCACCAAGCACAGCAGGCUCUCUCGCUGCACAAGGUGGACAUGGAGGCCAGCGUGAUGGAGGUGGGGCGCUCCCUGUUGGCUUGUGGGAGCUGCGGCCCUGAGGAGUACUGUGGCUUCAGCAGCGGUCAUCCUCGCUGUGAGAAAUGUACCGUGUGUCCUGCCGGCUUCUUCCUUGUCGCCCAGUGUUCAGUCCACGCAGACAGGAUCUGCCAGGACAGAGAUGAAUGCCUUGAAAUAGCUGAUUCGUGCAGAGACCAACAGAAGUGUCUCAAUACUCCAGGUGGAUUCAGGUGCCAGGGCAUGACAGAGCGUGAAGCCAAUUCAGGAAUGUGUGGCCACGGCUACUUCUACGUCUUGGACAUGGACGAGUGUCAGGCCUGUAAUGAGUGUGAUGGCGAGCCCGUGGCUUCACCUUGUACCUUUACCAAAGAUACCAUCUGCUCUGGCCAUGCUGCUGCUGGUGGUGAAAGCGCCCUUUCUUUGUCCUGGUCCGGAGAUGUGAGGCUGUCCGGCACCAAAGGCCAAAUCCUGGCUCACGCCUUUCCUGGCGUGCAGCUUCGCAUCCAGGGCAGAGGCGACGCAGGUCUGCUGUCCGCUGAGGACGGCCGCCUGACGCUCAGGCAGCACGGCCUGGUCUGGCUGGAUGAGAAUCUGUCUGUGAGCCACGGCUGCCGGAGCUUCAUCCAGUUGUGUCUCCGUAUCAACAACACGGACGGCUCGGAAGGCCGCGACCUCAGCGGCCUAAGGGUUGAGCAGCAGGAGGGAAGGUCGCUCCAGAGCGUCAGCAUCAGCGGCGUGGCAGAAGUCGCCCCGGGGAACACGAUUUCCCUCUUCCUCCGGAGCGCCAGCCGGCACUGUAACGAAAGCAGCGAAGGCCUGCAGCUGUACGACCCUUUAGCAGCUCCGCUCAGCCUCUUCUGGCUCUCCCACGACACGGGGGCCGUCGCCAUGACAGCACAGGCUAUUGUGUCCGCGCACUACCACACAAACUAUCGGCCGGUCUUCCGCACCUCCUCCACCUCUGACCCGUACGUAGUGGGCCUGACCCACGAUGGCCGCGGGAUCCGCUUUGCCGAAAGCGGUACCGUGCGCUUUGUGUUCCAGCAGGCGCUGUACUCAAUGGGCCAGGCCUGCGUGAGCGAGGGCUUCCAAACGUUGGCGUACCUCAACCACAACGGAACGGGCGCCGAGCUGUGUCGCACCUUCAAACCCGGCGUCCACUAUCGGGACACCUCCCUGUCUUUGUCGGGGGCGGCAAGAGUCGAGCCCGGGGACACGCUGGGCUUCGAGAUCCUCUCUCCCGCCCAGUGCAACGUCAGAUUCUUUGGCGACGAGACGGGCAUCAGCAUCCUCAGCUUGGUUUGGGUCCCCGCCGCUCUCUCCUCCUCCCUGUCUGCCUCCGUGUCUGACGCCGGCCUUCCCUCGGGAGCAGUUCGAAACAAGCCGCUGUUCUUCCGCCAGACCAGCGCUCAGGUGCCCCAGAUGGGGCUGCUAGUGAAGGCGUCCACAGGUCAGAGGCAGGACUUUGUCUUCAGGGAGGGCGGAACCGCCAGCGUGGCUCUGGAUCUCAAGCUUAUUCACUCCUGCAACCUCAUCAAGGUGACUCUUCUCAGGCGAGGUGACGCAGAGGGGUCGGCGGGAGGCCGGGAGGCAGAGGGCUCGCGACCCGUCACUCUGGCCCAGCAGGUUGGUGGUCAGAUGCCCGAGGGAAGCAACUGGGCCACUGUUGGCCUGCGAGCGUCUUUCCAGGUCCGUAACGGCACAGCGGCGUUCUUCACACUGGAUUGCGUGCGUGGACGAAUCAACCAGAUCAGCUACCAAUCAGGAAGCGGAGUGUCAAUCCUCUGGGUUGCAGUAUAGAAUAAGAAACUCAACCGUGGUUUUUGUGUUUCUAAAAAGAUAGACCAGAUGUUAAGCAAUGUAGAUUUUGAUGGUUUGAUUUUGGAGGAAUAGAAAAUAUGGUUAUUGCUGUUUCGUAUUGGAGUUUAGUCCAUGUUAAGAGAUUAUUAAAACCAUUCUCACUGCAGCCUUUUAGCUUAGCUUAGCAUAGAGAAAGUUAGUAACCAUGUUUAAAGGUUACCCCCCAAGUGCAUGAAUAAAGAAUGAUUACUGUGUUUCUGUAGUUUCAGUAAUGAACAGUUUCAGAAUUUCAACUAAAACCACCUUCAUGUACGGUUAGCUACGCUAGUUAGCAUUAUCUGAUGGAAAGUAACCAAUUACAUUUACUCUAGAAAGACUAAUAUAGUAGUGUACUUAAUCAAAUAAAGAUUAACAGUAGGCUACUUUCCUUGAUAAUGUUGUGACCUUUUAACUGGACUAUAGUAAUAUGUCAAUAAGUUGAAGUGAUAUUAACGUAUUUAGUCUUACAAUUUAACCUGGAAAACUCUGGAGGUAGACUGACUGCCCAAGUUGAAACUAUUACUAGCCUAUGGCUAAUUUGAUUUUUUAAAAUAUUUUGUGGAAGAAAAACUCAAUAUGACUUAUUUAAAAAGUAUCAUCACGCUUCAAUCACUGUAUUUAUAUCAGUGCGAGUAUAACUAUUUGAGCUAACUAAAUGAUGUCUCUAACCUGUUUCUCAGGCUUUAUUCUUUCUGUUUGUUCAUGUGCUGCACUUCUGUCUUUUAUUUGUGUAAUUCAGUUAUUCUGUUGACGCCAGAGGACCCUUCAGCUUAUCUCCGCUGUGACUAGAGCGGUUUCUUCUCUCUCCAUGAGCGGUUGACUGGUGCUGUUUUCAUUCAGCUCGUUUUUUAAGAGCAUGUGUUUCAUGUUAGCCGCCGCUCUUCUAUUGUGAAUAUCUGCUGCAGUGCAUGCGCAGUUUAAUGACCCAUUUCUGCAUUUCAUGUACUAAAAGAGAGUCAUGUGUUUCUGUGCUACACCGAUAUAUUAACACCUUAAGAUAUGGUUACUGUUUACUCAAAUUAGACUGUAACUAAAUGUAUAUUUGAUGUUUUAUAUUAAAUCCAAUUAAAAAUUCAAAUGUU